AAGCUUAUUUUGCUUUGGACAAGACAUUGAGAUAUACGGAGAAAAGAGGGAUCUAGAGAGAGAUCUGAAAAGUUUCCCAAGCAAUGCUGAAGAGAAGACAACCCCUUCUUCAAAGGCUCUUCUUCAUUUUGUUAAUAGUAUUAUGUAGUGUAGUUGCUUCUCCAGAAGCUGCAAAGCUAUUGCCAUCACCUGAGGCUACUGCUCUUCUGGGUUUUCAGUCUAAAGCAGAUUUAAGAAACCAUCUUGGCUUCUUUCAAAAUGCAAGCUUUCACUUUUGCGAUUGGCAAGGAGUCACAUGUUACCAGCAAAAAGUGGUACGUCUCAUUCUAGAAGAUCUAGAUCUUGGUGGCAUUUUUGCUUCGAACACAUUGUCCGACCUUGGCCAGCUCCGUGUCCUGAGUCUCCAAAACAACUCCCUUACCGGAUCAAUUCCUGAUCUCUCAGGUCUCAUCAACCUCAAAAGCCUCUUCUUAGAUCAUAACUUCUUUACAGGUUCUUUCCCUCCUUCAAUUCUUUCCCUUCACAGAAUAAGAAGCCUUGAUUUGUCCUACAACAAUCUCACUGGCCCCAUGCCAAGCUCGUUAGCAUCUCUAGACCGGUUAUACUACCUACGGUUGGACUGCAACCGUUUUAACGGUACGAUUCCUCCAUUGAACCAGUCUUCCCUUAAAAUGUUUAACAUUUCAGGGAACAAUCUUAGUGGUGCAAUUCCAGUGACCCCAACAUUGCUACGAUUUGCUUUCUCUUCUUUUUCAUGGAACCCUGGUCUUUGUGGAGAGAUUAUUCGCAAAGAAUGUUAUCCAAGGCCCCACUUUUUUGGUCCCAUGGCUGCUGUGGUGGCGCCACCGCCUACGGUGGCUCUUGGUCAGAGUGCAGAAAUGAAUGGUGUGGAGUUAGCUCAACCAAGUUCAAAGAAGCACAAUAGAACUGCGGUUAUUAUAGGGUUUUCUACUGGGGUCGUUGUUCUUAUUGGUUCACUUCUUUGCUUUAUCAUGGCAGUAAGGAAACAGAAAGAUAAAAAGCAGUCAACGGCUGUGAUUGAAUCUGAUGACGCGGCGGCUACAGCGCAAGCUGCGGCGGUGAUUCAAAUGGAGCAAGAAAAUGAGUUAGAAGAGAAAGUGAAGAGAGUGCAAGGAAUGCAAGUUGCCAAGAGUGGGAACUUGACAUUCUGUGCGGGUGAAGCGCAGUUGUAUACGCUGGACCAGCUGAUGAGAGCGUCGGCAGAGUUGCUUGGGAGGGGAAACACGGGGACCACGUAUAAAGCAGUGCUUGAUAAUCGUCUGAUCGUGACGGUCAAGAGGCUUGAUGCUGGGAAAUUAGCAGGCACAACAAAGGAAACAUUUGACCAGCACAUGGAAUCAGUUGGUGGUUUAAGGCAUCCCAAUUUGGUUCCUCUCAGGGCUUAUUUCCAGGCCAAAGAAGAGAGGCUUCUUAUCUAUGAUUAUCAGCCCAAUGGCAGUCUUUUUUCCCUCAUUCACGGAUCAAAAUCAGCGAGGGCUAAGCCACUCCAUUGGACCUCGUGCUUAAAAAUAGCAGAGGACGUGGCACAAGGCCUCUCUUACAUUCACCAAGCAUGGAGGCUUGUCCAUGGCAAUCUCAAGUCCUCAAACGUCCUUCUUGGCCAUGACUUCGAGGCCUGCAUUUCCGACUACUGCCUGGCAGCUCUAGUUACUUCCUCACCCGAAGAAGACCCCGAUUCCAUCGCACGUAAACCUCCGGAAAUUCGCAAUUCAAAUCACCAGGCAACGUCAAAAUCCGAUGUUUUUGCAUUUGGGGUUUUGUUGUUAGAGCUCCUGACAGGAAAACCUCCUUCCCAGCACCCGUUUUUGGCUCUGGAAGAGAUGAUGCUUUGGCUUAAGUCUAGUAGGGAAGACGAUGGAGGGGACGAUGAGAGGCUAGGGAUGCUUCUUGAAGUGGCCAUUGCUUGUAGUUUGACCUCUCCUGAACAAAGGCCAACGAUGUGGCAAGCACUAAAGAUGUUACAGGAGAUUAAAAAAGAAGCUGUAUUCAAGGAGGAUGGUGAAUUGGACCCACAUUCUGGGAUGUCUUAAGCUUACGUAAUUUAUGGUGUUUCUAUUUGAUUGUAGGACAAUAAUUUGAGUAAUAUGAUACGCAUAUGGAGAAAAAAAAAUAUUUUAUACUGCAUGAUAUAACAAUUGCCAUUGCCGCACUUUGCGACCUUUUGCUUGUCUUUUCUGACAUUAUUUAUGUUGUCUCUCGUAUUCUUGGCCCCCGCAUGGAUUCUUUCUUGUGCCUGUAUAUCCACGUUUCUUCUCUGCCAAUAUAAAGAACUUUAUCACCAUCGUUUAUGCCGGUCGCAGGUGAUGUUAAUGGCUGAUGAUUGGUCAUCAUCGUAAAAAAUUUCAAUUAAAUAGAACUAGUUCACCACUCUAUAGUAUUUCACUGCCUCAGCCAAUUUGUUUUCAUGCUUGGCUGCCUUAUGGUGCCCAUUCCCAAGCUUAAUAAAACUCCAUUUGGCCCCUCUUUCCAAUGAAGCAAUAUAAACAUUACAUAAGAUCAUGAUCAUCCAAUUUAGGUGCAAUAGUUAAUUUCAAACGGUCCAAAUAAUGAAACUAUAAAUUAUAAGUAAUUAUUCAAAUUUAA